AUGGAUCAGAUAGCAGAUCGCUCAUCACCCAUGGCGCCUUCAUUGCCGAUGGAUGCAUAUUCUCGGAAGACAUCAUAUGCCUACUCAUCUCCAGUUUCUGCUACGGCACCUCAAGCAGCGCUUUCUCAACCUAUUGGAUUGGGUAUAAUGAAUUGCGGAUUGGACCCCACCUUCGACCAUACCGCUGGCUAUCAACGUCCGAUGCCUUACCCGAUGUCUCCUCUAAAUCAGUCGCCGGACUCGCUAUUACAGACGACAGCUUUCUAUGGCUCUCCCCUCCAACCUCAAGACACCUCAAAUAAAUUAUGCUUCGCCGCAUACAACGGCUUUCAGGACUGGGGUGGAUCUCAAGAAUUGAGCGCAUCGCCAAGUUACGGCUCAAAUUUGGAGAUUCAGUGCGGGCAGGAGGUAUUCCAUCAAAUGCCAGGAUAUUGGGCCCCCCAUGCCAUGCCCAGGACCGACGAAUCCCCUGGAGGCUCUUUCUGUCAACGCGACUGUCCCCGCAAGACCCUACAUGUUCAUAAACAACUCUAG